AUGUCGAGAUUGAGAGAGCAGAGGCAUAACAAUGACCCAAUUCUUAACUAUGAAAAAAGCAGCAAGUUGUUGACAGUUCAGUUUUUCCACUAUGGAGAACUCAAGAAACAACCCUACCCACAUUAUGAAGAUGGAGAGACGAGUGUUUACGACCAUGUUGACUGUAGUGCCCUGCUGCUUGCUCAUCUACGGAUAAUGUGUGAUGCUGCAUCUGGGAAUAAGGGAGGGGGGGAGGGACUAAGUUUUUCUGCAUCAAUGAGGGGGUUGAAAAGGGUGAUCUUCACGAGUGAAAGCGAUAGAGACAGUAGUGAUAGAGAUUGGGAUGAAAAGGAUUCGGAGUAUGACCAGGAAGAAUCUAAAAAUGACUAUGAAUUUGUAGCUGAUGACAGUGGUGGUGUAGAAGGGCCUGAAAAACAUGAAGCAUCUACAUCAAGUGCAGGAGCUAAAAACCUAUCUAAUUCUUCAGUUGGAGCUAAAAAGGUGCAACCUACAUCACUGAGUAAGGCUUACAAGUAUGGUGAGGGUAACUACGAUGACAACAGUGGGUCGGAACUGGAACCAGAUUUUGAGGAAGACUUGCAGAGUAUAUGUUGGGGAUUUAUCCAGAGGAGAAAACCCGACAUGGAGCCCAAUAAGGAAAGGGCCAAUGGUUUGUGGAGUGAUAAGGCAAUAUGUCCUAGGAUUUUUAAAAGGGUAAUCAACAACUCGAAGCAGGCGAAACUAUGUCAUGUUACACUUCAUGAUGAGUUCCAUUCUGAGGUUGAAGGAGGAAGGGGUGAUGGUGGAAAUGUUGAAUCAUACCAACAGUAUUAUGGUCCUUGUAUCUUGCCAACGAGAGGUGAAUCAGAAUGGGAAAAGGCACCAGGAUUACCAUUUCUUCCCCCACUUUAUGGUAGACCUCGAGGGAGGCCAAAGAGUACCAAAAAGAAAAAGAGUGUUGCUAAAAGAAUAAUUGAGGUUGAUGGAAAACAGAAGCUGAGUAAGGUUGGGCAGACAAUGAGUUGUAGUAUAUAUACAAUCUCAGGUCAUAAUAAGAGAAAGUGCCCUUCAAGGACAGCCUCACAAGGGACACAAAAUGAAUCAGCUGCUAUGCCCGCCACAGACCUUGGCAGCAAUGUUGAUGACCUUUUUGAUGGUGUAAACCUUGGAGCAAACACUGAUGUCUCGUCUCCUGGCAAGAGGAAGCUUGGAGACCCUGAUGAGUCCAACUGCGAAGAGGCUGGUCUUCAUGAAAGCCAUGUUGCGGAAAGCUUACUUCACCCAACCCAAACCCAUUGUUCAAAAGGAGAAGGGGAAGAGAAAAAUAUCGACAUUAUUUCAGAGUUCAUCUCAACCCAUAAAAAAUUCCAAAAAUGUGAAGAUUCAAAAGGAGAAAGGGAAGAGAAAAAUAGUUUAUCUCAACGCAUCAAAAUUUCAAAAAAUGUCCAGAUGAAAAAGGAUAUGGAAAAGGAAAAACAAAAGACCAAGACUGGUGACAAGGAGCAGCAAGAUGCUGAACCAGACGUAAUGUUCUUAGAUGAUCCUGUUCAUCAGGUGAAGCAACUACGGGGUAGGAAAAUCAAUGUAUUUUAUGGUUAUAUAUAUUUUAUCAGGUCAAGGGAGCAGUACAAGGCCAAAUCUUUAUCAGAUAUAAUUGCUGAAGUUAUUGCAACCACCAAUGCGAUUUAUGAACUUUAUGGUCCUCAUGUCUUGGGAGAUAUUGGUAAGGCAAAAACCAUGUUGAAGCAAGAGAUGUCUUUGUGGGAUGUGAUGAUGAAAAAGAAGGAAAUAUCUUCUGCCCUCUUUUUGUAUGCAUCCCACUAUUUUGUUAAUAAGGAUGAUGAAGACAGAUAA